AUGACGCGAGCCAUCAAGAUCCUCGAAGAGAAGGGCAAAGGAGGUGUCAAGGCCAGCAAGGGUCGUGGCGGGCGCUUCUGGCUUACCUUCUUCGCCGUCUUUGUGACGGCUUUCCUUUCCGCCGUCGACCUCACCAUCAUCUCUCCAAUCCUACCUACCAUUGCCGAGGAGCUACCUCGUGGCGACACAACGGUCUCGCCUGCUUGGAUCACCUCGGCCUUCCUGGCCACAGCAGCGAGCUUUCAGCCCCUUUUCGGGGGCCUUUCCGACGCCAUAGGACGUCGCGAGGCUCUUAUUACCGCCAUCAUGAUUUUCCUCGUCGGCAGCAUCGUCGCUUGCGUUGCUCAAGAUCUGCUCACAGUCGUCGCCGGUCGUGGCGUACAAGGAAUGGGCGGAGGAGGAAUGCUUGUCGUGGGCGAGGUCAUCAUCUCUGACAUGACCACGCUAGCCGAACGAGGCUACUUUUUGGGCCUUCUGUCCAUUGCAUUUGCCGUGGCAGCGCUGGCAGCACCCAUUGCUGGAGGAUGGUUUGCAACAUUCGACUGGCGUGUCGCUUUCUACAUCAACUUUCCCAUCGGAGCGAUUGCCAUCCUCAUGCUCCUGCCUACCAAGCUCAACAAGCCGAAGCUCUCUCUCAAGGAGAAGUUCGAGCGCAUGGACCUCGUCGGCAGCCUGGUCCUCUUUGGUGCCAUUGUGUCCUUGCUCAUCGGCCUCACCAAUGGCGGAGUGUCUGCACCAUGGUCAUCGGCGGAGAUAGCCACGCCAUUGGGACUCGGGGCUGCUGGCCUUGUUCUCUUCUUCGUCCUUGAGUUCGUCCCAAACCCUCUCUGCAGCUACCCUAUCCUGCCAGCCAAGCUCUUCCGCCACCGCACGGCAGCCAUCUCGUAUGCGCUGACCUUCCUCCAUGGCGUUAUCCUCUACGGCGCGACGCAAGGUCUGGUCGUUUAUUUCGAGAACCGUGGUUCCUCACCACUCAAAGCCGCAGUGAAUAUUCUGCCUGCCAAUGCUCCUUCCACCCCAGCUGCAUUCAUCGCUGGAGUGAUUAUGGCCGUCACCGGCAAGUACAAGGGACAGAUCAUCGUCUCGGAGAUUCUCAUGACGCUGGGUAUUGGCCUCUUCAUCUACCUUGACCUAACCUCUUCGACCGCUGAAUGGGCUAUCUUCCAAGUCAUUGGAUCUUUUGGCCUUGGAGCUCUUUACUCCCUGACGCUGCCGCCGAUCCAAGCCACUUUGCCAGCCUCGGAGCUUGCACACGCUACGGCGACCUUUGCCUUCUCGCGCUCCUUCGGUGCCGUGUGGGGAGUGUCAGCAUUCCUCAUCGCUUUCCAAGUGGAGAGUGGGCAGCGCCUGACCAAUAUUCCUGGAGCGACAGAGGCGGGCAUCAACGGCAGCACGGCGAUCAACUAUGUGCCCAUCAUCUCGACGAUCCCAGUGGAGCUACGUGCGCCAGUGUCUCAGGCUUUCCAAGACGCUAUUCGGAUCGGCUUCAUCGCGCUUGUGCCUUUUGCUGGGCUCGGCCUCGUCCUAUCUUUCCUCAUCAAGCACGUGCCGCUGCCUGACUUCAACGACUCGCAGUACGGCGUUGAAGGACAACAGCAGCAGAGGGCGAAGCAG